CAAGCAUCGAAAAGCGAAUCCAAGCCAACCUACCGCAAUCAUGGCCGACGAAUACGACGCCGUCGAGGCUGCCGAAAUCAAGAAGAAGAGAGCCUUCCGAAAGUUCUCCUACCGCGGAAUCGACCUCGAUCAACUCCUCGACCUGUCCUCCGACCAACUCCGUGAUGUCGUCCACGCUCGUGCCCGUCGUCGGUUCAACCGCGGUCUCAAGCGCAAGCCCAUGGGUUUGAUCAAGAAGUUGCGCAAGGCCAAGCAGGAGGCGAAACCCAAUGAGAAACCGGAUCUCGUCAAGACGCAUCUGCGAAACAUGAUCGUGGUCCCGGAGAUGAUUGGUAGCGUCAUUGGUAUCUACUCUGGCAAGGAGUUCAACCAGGUCGAAAUCAAGCCUGAGAUGGUUGGACACUACUUGGGAGAAUUCUCGAUCUCAUACCGACCUGUCAAGCACGGAAGACCUGGUAUUGGUGCCACCCACUCGUCGCGUUUCAUUCCUCUCAAGUAAAUGCUGGUGUAUACUGGGUUCUGAUCAAUGGCAUUGGGGCAUGGGGAGAGCAUUGGGAUUUGGCUUUGUGUGUAGCUGCAAGGAAAUAACCUGCGGCAGAUAACAAUGAGAUCUUUGCAUCCUCCAACAGAAGGUUCUUUGCCGCGAGUGAUAUUACAAAGGAUAUCCAAAUCUGGAAGAUACAAAGGCGCGAGAUUUCGGCCAAGUCGUUUCCAAGUGGGAGAAUGAUGUUACGGACAAAUUGAAGAGCCGCGUGAAAGUUAAACAUGGAGUCGAGGUACCACGCGAUGCACAGCUUCAGACUCUACCUUCGAUUGGGACUAAUUUGAACAUGGAUGAAGAUGGAUUGAAGGCCCUCAUGAUGGGUCAGCUCUGGUGCUGGAUAAUAUAUGAAGGUAAGUUUUGCAUGUGUUUUCUU